CGGAGGCAAUUAGAUACGUCAAAAAAACAAAUUCAUGAGGACAUAACCAGUCGAAAAGGCAAACGAUGUCUUCAUUCCCUCAUCUUUCCUCUUUUUAAAUAUAUAUGUCUUCCAAGCUUCUCCCCUUCUUUCGGCCCCUUCACUAGCGUGUACACGGCUUCUCUAUGGAAAAAAGCCCCUUUCCUCCAUCAUGAUGAAGGCAAUGCCUCCAGCACAACAGCCCCAAAGAAGGAAGAAUGCCCACUUCAUCAAUCCUUCCUUUCUUCGACCCCUCCCCACUAGGAUAUCACUGACGAAACCCAGGAAUGAAACUAGUGGUUGAAGUCAUAGAAGCCCAUGAUCUUUUGCCCAGAGACGGAGAAGGCUCAUCGAGUGCAUUCGCAGAAGUGGACUACGAUAACCAGCUAAGCCGAACACCAACCGUGACCAAAAACCUCAACCCCGUCUGGAACCAGAAGCUCGAGUUUCCACUCUCCGACCCAGAGAAACUCCAGACGCAAGGCGUCGAAGUUUCAGUCUACAACGACCGUAAAACUUUCCCUGCAGGCAGAAAUUUCCUAGGCAAGGUUAGAGUCAAAUGCUCGAAUAUCGUUCGUGAAGGCGAACAAGUCCUCCAAAGAUUCCCACUAGAGAAAAAGUGGCUCUUUUCCUCUGUUAAGGGGCAUAUCGCCCUAAAAAUCUACAUAUCUCCUAAACCCUUAUCAAUUAGUCCUCUGCUAGAAGAGGAAGAGAAAGAGGAGAUCAAAGAGGCGAUAAAAGAAGUUCAGGUUCAGACUUUCAGACACGUAGGCAAGAAUCAGGUCGCACCUCAGAAAGGGAGGAUUGUCGAGGAGAAACGUAAAGUGAAUUCAUCGGUGCCGACAGCUAUGAUGCAUCAAGCUAAGCCGAGUUCCGCUGAGGAGUUCAAGCUGAAGGACACGAACCCGCAGCUUGGAGAGCGAUGGAGAGCUGGCGGACAUGGACGGGGUGGGUGGAUGGGGAUCGGAGCAGAUAAGCUCACAAGCACUUAUGAUCUCGUUGAGCAGAUGCAUUAUCUUUAUGUGAGGGUUGAGAAGGCGAAGGAUCUACCGACAAAUCCAUUAACUGGAAGCUGUGAUCCGUAUGCAGAAGUCAAGCUUGGCAAUUAUAGGGGAACUACCAAACACUUUGAGAAGAAGACUAACCCAGAAUGGAAUCAGGUGUUUGCAUUCUCCAAGGAGAGGAUCCAGUCAUCUGUACUCGAAGUCUAUGUCAAGGACAAGGAAGUGGUGGCAAGAGACGACUAUGUUGGUAAGGUAGUGUUCGAUCUGAAUGAAGUACCCACAAGAGUCCCACCCGAUAGCCCGUUAGCCCCUCAAUGGUACCGCCUUGAGAAUCAUCGAGGAGAUGGAAAGGUGAGGGGGGAGAUUAUGCUCGCAGUGUGGAUGGGGACUCAAGCUGACGAGGCAUUUCCUGAGGCUUGGCAUGCCGAUGCAGCCUCAGUUCAUGGGGAGGGGAUUUAUAGCAUCAGAUCGAAGGUUUAUGUGUCGCCUAAGCUCUGGUACCUUCGAGUUAAUGUUAUUGAGGCACAGGAUGUUCAACCUAAUGAUCAGAGUCGGGUUCCUGAUGUUUUUGUCAAAGUUCAGGUGGGUAACCAAAUGCUGAAAACCAAACACUGUCCAGCCCGAACACUGAGCCCUCUGUGGAAUGAGGACCUCGUCUUCGUUGCAGCCGAACCUUUCGAAGAACAGCUUGUUCUAACCAUCGAAGACCGCGUGAGCCUAACCAAGGACGAAAUUCUUGGCCGCCUUGUCCUCCCCCUCACAGUCUUCGAGAAGAGGCUCGACCACCGUCCUGUCCACUCCCGUUGGUUCAACAUGGAGCGUUUCGGGUUUGGCGUUCUGGAAGGUGAAAAGCGAAAGGAGCUCAGGUUCGCCACCCGAGUCCACCUCCGAGCCUGCCUCGAGGGCGGAUAUCAUGUCAUGGACGAGUCUACUAUGUAUAUAAGCGACCAACGCCCGACUGCUCGUCAGCUGUGGAAGCAACCGAUAGGCAUACUAGAGGUCGGAAUCUUAGGAGCACAGGGGCUUGUUCCGAUGAAGACUAGAGAUGGCCGAGGCACCACUGAUGCGUACUGCGUGGCGAAGUAUGGGCAGAAAUGGGUCCGAACACGGACCAUGAUCGAUUCGUUCUCGCCCAAAUGGAAUGAACAGUACACAUGGGAGGUGUAUGACCCGUGCACUGUCAUCACGCUUGGAGUGUUCGACAACUGCCACCUUGGUCAUGAUAGGACCAACGGGAGGGACUCACGAAUCGGAAAGGUCAGGAUACGGUUGUCAACGCUGGAGGCUGAUCGGAUAUACACGCACUCGUAUCCGCUGAUUGUCUUACAGCGGUCGGGGGUGAAGAAGAUGGGGGAGCUUCAGUUAGCAGUGCGAUUCACUUGCUUGUCUCUCAUGAACACCAUUUAUCUCUACAGCCACCCACUUCUCCCUAAGAUGCAUUAUCUGCAUCCUUUUACGGUUAACCAACUCGACAGUCUCCGGUACCAAGCGAUGAGCAUAGUAGCGACAAGGCUAGGGAGAGCCGAGCCCCCCCUGAGGAAGGAGGUCGUCGAGUACAUGCUCGACGUUGACUCGCACAUGUGGAGCAUGAGGCGGAGCAAGGCUAAUUUCUUCCGCAUAAUGUCGGUCCUCUCUGGUGUCAUAGGAACGUUUAGAUGGCUUGGGGACGUGUGCAAGUGGAAGAACCCGAUAACCACCGUGCUCGUUCAUGUCCUCUUCCUAAUACUCGUAUGCUACCCCGAGCUAAUACUGCCGACAAUGUUUCUAUACAUGUUCUUGAUCGGUCUUUGGAACUACCGGUUCCGGGCGAGGCACCCACCACACAUGGACACGAGGCUGUCGUGGGCGGAGGCGGUGCAUCCGGACGAGCUGGAUGAGGAGUUUGACACGUUUCCGACGACUAAGCCACAGGAUGUGGUGAUGAUGAGGUACGACAGGCUCCGAAGCGUGGCGAGGAUACAGACGGUGGCCGGAGACCUGGCGGCUCAGGGGGAGAGGUUCCAGAGUUUGCUGAGCUGGAGAGAUCCGAGGGCUACGUGCUUGUUUAUAAUCUUCUGCUUCUUGACGGCGGUGGUCCUGUACAUUACGCCAUUCAAGGUGGUGGCGCUGGUGGUCGGGCUUUAUAUGUUGAGGCAUCCGAGGUUUCGGAGUAAGAUGCCGUCGGUCCCCAGCAAUUUCUUCAAGAGGCUGCCGUCGCGUGUUGACAGUAUGCUUUGAGAGAGAGCUUGGAAGUUUUGGGAACGUGAUGUGCAUGGUUUGUGUUAUUGUUGUCGAGCUUUCUUCUAGUUUGGUUUCGUUGUGUCGAUCGGAUUGGCGUAAAGGGAGAGGGGAGAGAGGAAACUCAAGGAUGUCUGAAAUAAUGUGUGGAUUUGUUAGGGGUUUUAUCAUACCGAGUUUUAGGCUUCGAAGUUCAAACGUAUCAAGUUAGCUGGGCUGCUGAAGUGAGAUGUGAAAUCUACACUACAGAGCAAAAAAGUUAAGAAGAAGAAUUAUGAGGAUGUUGUUUGCUGGUUAUUGUGGAUUACCUAACAGUCAACAGUGGG